AAAAAUCAAGUGGUGGGUAACAAGUAACAACAACCAGAUGGGUUCGCACAAUUCCAACUGGUUGAUUAAAAUUCAUCUCUCUCCUUCUCUCUCUCUCAUAAUGAUUUUAUGCCGGAUCUUUAGCUCUUAUUCCUGUUUCUUUAUUUUCUCUCCAUGAAUCACAUUAAAACGAAGGCAAUCAUUGAUAAUAUUGGCAUCUCAACAAUCACUAACAACUCAGGCGACACAAGUAUCAUAAAUAUCACCACCAUCACUAAUCAUACUCCCAUCUCAAUAUCUGCUGAAGGUUUCAGCAACAAUAUGAGCAAUUACAUUACCAAUUACAUCAACACCACUACGAACAAUCCCACCCUCAGUAUGACUCUUUCAGACUCAAUCUAUUCUACAUCUGAUAGAAAUUUCGAACCAGAUAUACAAUCUACUCAUUUCAAGCUAAACUUCCAAUUAGCUUCCUCUGGAAAUUGCUAUCAAGCUGCUACUUUCUACUCAACACCAUUUCAACUCAAUAAUUUUGAUUGUAUGUUAAUCCUUUUACAAGAGAUUGAUAACUAUUCUAUUCCACCUAAGAAAAACAAUCCUCAGACAUCUCAAGAUUGCAACCUUAACAUUAAUAUCAGUAUUCACAAUUAUCAGAAGGAAAUCAUUCAAAACAUAAACAUUUUGGCUUUCAAUAAACAUUCACCCAAAUUUCAACUUAAAGCAAGGAAUAGAAAUUGUUCACCUAAAGUUAUCACCAAACAAAGAAAUAUUGAAUCCAAAGUGAGAAAUACCCACAAAAUAAACAAACACCACCACAAAUCUAAACAUAGAACCUAUUGUUUCUUAGAGAGCAGAAGUAAAAUGACAAGAACCAAAUUUUCCUUACUGGUGGAAGAGGCGGGUCUUGCUCCGAGUUCCCUGGCUGACUCUCCGGGUUCGGCUUCGAGUCAUCGGAACUCUAGAUACACCAGAUUUUCUCACAGGUACUGGAGUUUGAUUCUCAUUACCGAGGCCCACAGCAUUAGCAUCAACUUCAUUGGGAGUACCACUAGAAGUCUUCAACGAAGGUGCAGAAUCUUCCAUCUCAUGCUCUUAUUCUGGAUCGACGGAAGGAUGCGUAGCCGGCUCAGCAGUUGGAACGGUGGAGGCACUAGUCCUUGGAUUCUCAAACCAACCAAAUAUUGCUCGACCAAUUCUCCCCGUGGCAGGACACAAAGAGUCCAUCACCCGAAAGCGCAUUGGCUCAUCAUGAUGCAAAGGCUGGCCAGCCAGUUGACGAAUCAUCAUCCUCUCAUGUGCAUCAAGAGUGAUGGACUAAUACCCAACCCGACUUAUACCAGAUACCAAAAACCGAUCUGAUACAACAACUACACACUCAUGAACCUCA